AUUUUUUUUAUGUGCGCGGACAUAUUUUCGGUCUCUCACACUUCGGGGCGCGAUGCCAUUCCUCCCGCAGGAACCUGAACGCCUCGAUGGGUUGUCUCUACUUUACUGGACGAUCAUGGGCCCCCAUGGCAUCAACCGAGCUGUCCAGAGGCUGGAGUUCUCCGACUGCAAGAAAGGACUCGGGGUGAAAAUAAUCGGAGGCUACAGGGAGUUGACAGGUGAAGACUUCGGGAUCUACAUCAAGCGUGUGAUCGCUGGCGGCCUGGCUGCUCUGGACGGUCGGCUUAAGUCAGGUGACCUGAUUCUGGAUGUCAAUAACAUCAGCCUGAUUGGAGUGACCAAUGAGAGGGCGGUGGAGAUUCUGAGGAGCGCCUCGCUCUCCAAUCACAUGUCGCUGCUUGUCGCUAGAGACGACGAAUCCAGGAGGGAGUUUGCUGAGCUGAUGGAGAAGUACGGCUCCAAUAACGUCACGGCGUCGGGAAGAAUCUCUCCAACGCAGCUGUCUACAGGGAAGCUGACGGACACGGCGUCCUCCUCCUCGUCCUCCCGGUCGGAGAGCCCACAGCUGCUCAGUCCUAAAGAAGGAAUCACCGCCUACAGCCACGCUCCGCAGUACACCACCAUCCCGGCCUACACCGUGCACACUCCGGCACACGCCUUCAGUGACAGCGUCAUUCAGUUGAUAUGUGUCGCCAAGGGAACAGGACUGGGACUCGUCGUCAAGGGAGGGGCCAACCGAGCUGAGGGACCAAUGGUGUUCAUUCAAGAAAUAGUGCCUGGAGGAGACUGCCAGAAGGAUGGCCGGUUGCAGGUGGGUGACCAGCUGGUGUCCAUCAACAAGGAGUCUCUGAUCGGGGUGACGAACGAGGAGGCCCGAAGCAUCCUGACGCGCACCAAACUCAGACCGGACCCCACGGUAGAGAUCGCUUUCAUCAGGCGGAGGUCGUCGUCCAGCUCCAGCAGCGGCUCCCACAGCCCCGUCUGUCUGCAGGGGUGUGGCGUCGGAGCCGGACCCCAGACGAAGGCCCUCGGCCCGCAGCAAACCAUGGUGACCAAGAUCACUUCCAGCAGGAACCCUGCCUGUGAGACGCUGCCGCCGGUCAACGUCACGCAGGUGCGAGUCUCUCCAGGCAGAACGGAGCAGACGGGAAUCUCCUCAGUGCCGCGGAGCGACAGCAGCAACGACACAAACCCUGAUUCUGGGAGCAGUCAGCCGCCUCAGAGGAAAUGUUCCCUCAGUUCCAGCUGUCGAUUCAAACUGGAACGACUGGAGCAGGCGCUGGAUCUAAUCGGUCUGAAGCCCACAGAUGCUCAGCGGCAGGCUCUUAGGUCCAGACUACGAGCCGAUCCGACUGGAACAGUGGCCUUCACAGACUUCGAGAGCUUGAUUCGGGAACUGUUCAAGCCUCAGCUGGAGGAACUGUUCGGCACCCAGUCCAGCUCCAGGUUCACGUCAGACGACUUCUCCAGCCUGCUGGAGUCUCCCACCAACCCACCGCCGUCGCUGUCAGACUCGGAUGACCUGGAGGAGAUGGAGAAGUUGAGGAAGGAGCACAUUGAGGCGCUGAAGGAGAUCAAGACACUGCAGGAGCAGCUUGUCGAGUCUCAGAGAGUUCACCAUGAGCUGGAGGACGAGCUCAACAAGGUCAAGCAGCUGGAGGUCAGCCCUCACGGGCCCUCGAGGCCACAGCUGGAGGCACAAACCGUCACAGUGGGUUCCUGCAGUUACCCUAACAACCCCCUUACACCUCAAGUGCAUUCUGAAUGGAUGCUCUGCACAACGAACCCAGCUGAAAGAGUCGAAUUUUAGCACCAACAGAGUCUGUGUGUUCCAGCAGACGGCUUGUGUUGAAACCGAAUAUUCAGCGCCAACAAGCUGAAGCAAAUUCACAGAUAGACCACAGAGAGGGCAAAUUGAUGAGAAAAUAAAUGAAUAAAUAAAGUUAAUAUCUCGUGAGAAUAGGAGAGUUAAACAGAAUCGAUGCCUGCAGAUUUGUGAUAGAACAAUUUCCGUGUGGUCGGCCUUAAAGUGAUUGUUGAAUUAAACCAUGGUUGAAACUUUCCUCUCUGACUCAGUUGUGAUUUUUAGAAAACCUUGAUGACUCAUAGUAAAAGCCCCUGUGUUCUGCAGUCCAAAAGUCUUAAAUGUCUUCCAUGCAGUCAUUUUUGUAAUAAGAAAUAUGACUUCUUGUUUCAUACUGUUGUACAGAGGAAACAGUAAACAACAUUCUGGCAAACAUGGUUGCGGUAUUAUGCCUUGGCUGUCUAAAGGACCUUUUUUUUUUGAACCGCUUGAAAGCAACACAAAAUCAUUUAUCAUUCAAGUUAAUGCACACAAUGCUCCACAGCGACAUCUGCUGGGAGCAGCUCCUAAUUGGAUCUAAAUUCAAAACAUGCAUUUGACGAAACAGCGUGAUGACAAGCAGUCAUCACGCUGUUUUUUUUUCUUAUCUUAGGCUUCCUGAGAGUCGUUUUCAGGCCUGAGUCGUGAUCCAGAUUAAAAUUCUUUAAAAAUCUUUUGGGAUUCAGAAACUCCCCAGACCCGAGGUGUCCUCAC